AGUCUAAAUAUUUACUUUGAACAUGAAAGUCGAGUAAGUUUGUUCGUUGUUGAACAUCCAAUUGAAUGGAAAUGGUUGAAGGCGAAAUUCUUCCUUCAAAGUUGGAUAAAUGUUGCUUUCGUUAUGAUCUCACUUUAGGAUGUGCAGUGUAUGUGACAGUUGAAGUUUACUUGUGGGCAAUUAUGUCGAUAGCAUCAAUUUAUUCCGAAUUUAAAAUGAUUGAAAAUAAUGACCUUGAAGCUUUUAAAACUUUCACGAUAAAUUCUUCUUAUUACGUAACAAUUUUCGGAAAUUAUUCUGAUGACAUCAGUAAUGGAAUCAUUUCAACGCAAAUUGUUAUCAACGGAUUUCUCUCACUCGCUUUCGUGGCUUAUUGUAUUUUUGCUGUGAUUCUUCUGAUUGGAAUAUCUGAGAAAAAUCUCGGAUAUUUCUUCUUGUAUCUUUAUCUUGAUACAUUUUUCCUAUACAGUUCUGUAAUUGGAAUGUUGAUUGCAAUUUUCAUUCCACAUCACGUGAUGUUUAGAAAUUGCCUGAUAUUCUCCUUAAAGCUUUAUCCAUCAUCGAGUAUUUAUUCGCUAUUUAAGAAAUUUGGUGGAAAACCUGUGACAUUCAGCAGCAUUAUAACGAAAACAAAUCAUGAACCACUCACAAAUCCUGAUGUGAGAAUUGCACAAGUUGAUACCGAAUCUGUCCUUGAAGAACCAAGAAGACCAGCAUCAAGUGACUGCGUGCGACCAAGAGUUUCAUUUCAAGAUCUCACAUCUUCAUCUGAACCUAAUUUAACUCCACAAAAUCCAACGAAUCAACCAGCCAACUUGAAAACAUGCUUCAGAAAGAAUCUUCAACUACCUGUCAUCAAUUCCUAUCCUUGAUGCCAACAAAUGGUACAAAAUCAAAAUUCUGUUCAUCUCGUGAACGACUUCCUUCCUGAAUUUAUUGAAUUAAAUACCAAAAAUGUAUAAAAACGUGACAAUUGUUUGGUAGCUUUAACUAAAUUUAGACAUUUUGAUUAUUUAAUCAAGAAGAAAAUUUUAUGUUAUGUUGAAUUUGUAUGAAAAUAAUGGAAAUUGAUAUUAGAAAUAAAUAGAUAGCUCAAUUUUAGACAAAA